AUUAAAUAUUUUGUGGUCCUCUCAUGCGUUUAAAGGAUAAUCAUCCUUUUUCUUUCACUUGAAACUCUUUUAUGAGAAGGCCAGCGGGAGUCGACCCACGAGGCCAUUUCCUAGUAAUCAACGGCUUCACUACCUUAACGGUUUAAGUGAGAUUUCCCAUCAAGAUGGCAGAACCCAUUCCAGAAACAAAGCAAGAAGAAAGUGAAUUGGUGGGGGAAGGAGAGGAGAGUCAUGAAGAGAGGGAGAAUGAUGAUUGCGGCAGCAGCGCUCUGAUUCCAAACAGGGCUUUUCUUCUUGAGCUUAACCUCAUUCUGAUUCUCUCCUUUUUCUCUGCAUCUGCUGAGGACCGGGGCUUAGAUUUGAAUGAGAAAAUUAGGAAGGAAAGUGGUAAAGAUGAGGGGACGAAGACGAAGCCCUUGCUGGCUAGAUUACAGACCCGAAAGCGAGAAGUAAAUAAAUUCAGAUGCGCGGGACAAAGGUCCCCCAGGUUUCAACCAGCCAUGAGGGAUUGCAGGCAUUGCAGAAGAACAUGAAUUGAAGAACAAUCCAAUGUAGAAGAAGAGAAAAGAGGUGACAAGGAAAGAACAAUGCAGCCAGUUCCUUGGACUACUGCCUCAAUAGAUUAUAUAUAGAAAAUAUGUCUGUAUCAAUCUUUAAUUUAUACAUAUAGUUGUGUAUAUACAGUGAUGGCGUGUUCAGUUCAGAAUUUCUGCAAAUAAGCCUCGGAUGGUUUUAAGAUGAA